AUUGCCAACCUCGAUUCGCUUCCCUCUCUCUUUCGAUCCAAUCGCCGCCGCCGCAGCUGCCGUCGUCGUGGACGUAGCACGCAUCCGUCGCUAGUCGCCUAACUGUUUCUGGGGUUCUAAAGAUAUGAACUGGAUUCAACGUAAGAUCUAUCUCUACAAUGUCACUUUUGGACUCUAUAUGUUGGAUUGGUGGGAGCGUUACCUUUUCAAUACUUUGGUGAUUGUGUUGAUGUGGUUCAUCUUCUACAACAGCUCCCGAUAUGUUACUGACUUUUGUAAGAGUCAUUUAUCUUGAAGAUAGGAGCAGCUUAAACUUCAAAGACCAUGCUGAAGAUUCUACUAUGAAAUAGUUUUAAAUUGAUUUGGUUACUUUGAUUUGGACUCUGUGGGAAGUUUUUAGAUCGUUAAAAACAAUUGACCACAUCUCUUUAUUGUUUAUCAGUCUUGUAAGGAUUUAUUUCCAGUAUUUCAAAUGCUCUUGUAGUAGUUCUCGUUAGUUUUCUGGCACUAUAAGCUUCUGUGCUUCACUUGAUUUAUCACGCUAGCUUCUAGCUUCUUAUUUGCUUGAAUUGAUUUUUUUUCUAUUUUCGAGUUAUGUUUGUGAGAAAUGUUUUAUGAUUUGUUCAUUCAUGCCUGGAAAGAGAGUUUUCCAUCCAGGGAUGAUGGGGUCACCUUAAGUGCUGUUUCCAGGCGACUUGAACUCUUGAAAACGCCCCCUUUAGUUGGAGGAGAUGAGUAUAUCAAGUUCACAUUGCCAGAGGAGACACAGUUAUCACACGUUGAACUUGCUAUUCAUCCAACUGCCUGAAUCUCAAACCCCAACCAUGAUUAACUCGGCGCCGCUUUAAACUAUUUUAUUUAUUUAUUUAUUGUUUUUUUUCCACUUCAUUCAAAUAUCUCUCUCUUUCUUCAACAUCUCUGUCUCUGUCUGUCCCUCUCUCUCUCUCACCCUAUCUCCAGAGUAAACUUGAUUCAUGAAGCCGCCUUAUACGACCUCCGUCUUGCGCCGUUCAUGGCUUGCCGACUGAGUCGACUCGGGGUCUUGUAAAUUUCCUUUCGCUUCAUUGAACGAAGUUCGUAAUCGAGUACAAUUUUGUCGUUUUCUCAGUAGCUUCCUCAUCAUUUUCCAGCGAAACAAUCACGAUCAAGAAUUCAGACUCUGUUUGCAGUGAAUUGGCGUUUUGUGCAAGUACUU